AAUUAUAUGUAUGUAUGUAUGUUAGGUACGUGGUAAUAUUAAUAAACAAAGCUAAAAGUUUAUGUUUGUUAGUAAUUUGUAAGUUGUUAGAAACACAAUUGAUUUUGCAAUAAGUAAUCAUUACAUCAGUAAACUAAAGAAUCAUUUGGGAAGGUAUUUAGAAAAUAACAGUAAUCAUUUUGAUCGUUUUAUAAUAGCUGAGUGCUUGGCUGAGUGUGAAGUGGAUAGUGUGAGUUGUGUUGAUUAUAGUUUUAUUAUAGGAAUUUGCAGAAAAGCUUUCUACUAUUUAUUAAGUCGAUGGUGUCCGUCUGUCCGUGAACACGAUAACUGCUAAACGCAUGGGCCGAUUCGAUCCAAACUUUACACAGUUGACCUAUAUACCACAUGUAACGAGCCUAUGGAAAAAGCGCCAAAUCCCAUGACCCCGUAGGCUCACACCGCGACGCUCUGCCGCUUUUUUAGAUCCGCUUCGUUUUAGGCUUUUAGGGGUUUAUUUGUUUUUGUAUAAAACAGAACCAGAAGAGUCAUGGUUCAGUGGGGUAGGAGGAGGAGCGAAGAAGAGCUCGUAGACGCUGCGAACCACGAAUUAUAUACGGUGUGUUGCACUUAAAAUGUUAAUAAAAUAAUUCGCAUAAGGGUAUGACCCUCACUCGUGUGACCUUCCUGCUGUGCCGUACACAUAAAUGUUAUAAAAAUAAUCGGAUCUGUUUUCUUAAAUCUAAUUUCCCGCACUUUUCAGUAUACAGUCCCAUACUCUGUGCGUCGAAACGGAAACGAUGAAGGAGAGCGUACCCGGGUACAGAAUAGUACAAAUCGACUAUUUUAUAAAUAAAAUGCUAAGUAUGCAAAAAGAACAUACUUCUAUUUGCACUGCAUCCAAGCUUCUUCUAAAAAGCGAAAAGCGUGUAGGUUUGGUGAGUGAAUAUACAUUCGAAUGCACGAGUUGUGUAAAACUUAUUACGAUUUCUUCGGAAAAUCCGAAAGCACCUAAGGUAAACAAAGCGAGCGUAUGGGGUACAUUAUCUACAGGUGGUUGCUAUGCACAUUUGCAAGAAUUUUUGAGUGUUCUAGAUAUACCCAGUAUUUCUAACCGCCUAUACUACAAAUAUCAAGCUCAAUUGAGCGAGGUAAGUCACUUAGUUAUUGAGGAUUGUAGAAAAAAAGAUGUAUUGCAGAACUUUGAAUCGAUAUUAGCAGAAGAUAUCCAGCGGGCUGCCCAAAAAGAGGCGGAACUCGCGAAACAAUUUAAUGAGGUCGAUCCGGAUGGUAUUCCUGCCAUAUCUGUCUAUGCGGACGGUAGAUGGUCCAAACGCAGUUACGGACACUCAUACAAUGCUUUAUCAGGAACUGCUGUGAUAAUUGGGAUGCGAACCAAACAAGUACUGUAUUUGGGAGUAAAAAACAAAUAUUGUUCUAUUUGCGCUCGCGCAGUAAAUAGGAACGAGCCUGCCAAAGAACAUCUGUGUUAUAAAAACCAUGAUGGAUCCGCAACCACCAUGGAAGCAGACAUUCUGGUUGAUGGAUUUAAACAAAGUGAACACAAUGGAUUGCGUUACAAACGAUUAAUUGGUGAUGGCGACACUAAUGUUAUGGCGAAAAUUAGAACGAUGGUUCCGUAUGGGUCCACAGUGGAAAAAGUGGAGUGCGUGAACCACUGCCUUAAAAAUUUCACGAAAAACCUAUACGCCAUAAAGAAAAACGUAAAAGGCGUUACUCUGAGGGCCCGACAACUGCUAUCACCAGAUAAAAUUAAAAGGCUAGCACACAGCACACGGAAAGUUCUUGCCCUUGCAGCAUCAAUAGGAAAUGCACGCUGUAGGGAUUUAAUCUCGCAGGUCGUGUAUUGCGUGUUCGGAUCACAUGAAAAUUGUGUCAGUGAAUAUUGUUUUAACAGCGACCAAAAGAAUAAUAUGCAGGCGGAAGUACUUUCGACAGGCCUUCACCACCACAUUUUUGCUGCUCUAAGCAGUGUUAUGGCAAAGAUUCCGCAGCUAGUACCAUUUGAAACAAUGCCGCAGAGCUAUUUAUGAAUAUCUUAGCUAGGUUCAACAUGGGAAAGAGAUUGAAUCUUGUUCAACGAAACAGUUUCAAUAUUCGCUCCACGCUUGCUGCUCUGAGGUACAAUAGCGGUUUUCGAUGGCAGGAAAAUGCAUCAAAUAACAUAUUUAAAAGCACAGGCAAAUACCUACGAAAAUACAUUACAAGCAAAGCGAACACAAGGGUCCUUCGCAAAAAUAGGGAAACAAUAGGAGCUAGAUACAACAAAAAGCAUGCAAAAACCACACAAAAAGACAUAGCAUAUAAACCGGAUGUAGCAGACAUACAACUCUGUCCAGAGGAUAUGGACACAGAAAUUAAACGACUUAUCGAUCGUUUAACAAUUACGCAAGAGCAACAACAACAAAUCGCAGCUCAAACGGUCGGACAAUUUGAUAAUCCUCUGUACUUGUCAGAGCGGAAGUACAGAUUAACGGCUUCCAAUUUCGGCCAAAUAAUCAAACAACGGGGUACCACUCGAUUGCCACAAUUUGGUAAAGAGGAUCUUAGAGCCGCGUGACAUUUCGCACUUA